CGCAGAUCAGCCCGGCUGCAGUUCUGUCCACGUCCCGAUAUCCGACUCGGCCCGAUCCAAUUCAGUCGAGCCCCCCAUUCGCCUGUCGCCUGGCGCUGCUGCUCGCUCCCUGACGCACCGAAUCGAACAUCGGCUCGAUUGCACAGGCGUCGUGAUCUGAUCUGAUCUGAUCUGAUCUCAUCCCAUCCCAUUCGCCCCAAUCCGAUCCUAUUCGCCCCAAUCCGAUCCCAACCAUGCAGCCAUUUGGACAGCCGGCGCCGGCCUCAGGGUCUUUAUUUGGCGCCGCUCCUGCCCAACCUUUUGGACAGCCGACGUCAACUGGAUCACUUUUUGGCGGCCCGGCAGCUGCCAAUCCAACAUCAGGGGCAGCAUCGUCAUCGAUCUUUGGAUCCACUGCUGCAGUCGCGCCGACCGCCGGACUCUUUGGCGCAUCGGCCACACCAGCAACAUCCGCACCCGCUGCGGCAUUUGGGGGCUCUAGCCUGUUUUCAACAACUCCACCCACAGCGGCUCCGCAAUCUGGCCUGUUUGGUGCGCCAGGGGCCACCGCUACUGGAUCGACACCUUUUGGUGUUGCCCCUGCUACAGGAGGCGGGCUGUUUGCUGCCGCGGCCACCUCAGCACCUGCUUCGGCCGCAAGUGCAGGCCUAUUUGGAAGCACUCCAGCAGUAGCGGCGUCAGCGCCUGUCACCGGGUUGUUCAGCGCCGCUCCAGCGGCUACAUCGGCCCUGAACAGUGGUGCGGCUCUUGGCUCGGCAUCGGUAGUAACGGCUCCAAGCGCAAUCAGCAAAUCAUCAAACUACUCAUCUCUGCCGGAAAAUGUCCGAACAAUCCUCGACAAUAUCGAAAAGCAGAUACAAGACCAAAUCCACAUCGCGGACACGCUGUCGGUCAAUGGAGCCGCCGACAACAUCAUGGAGAUUUCAAAGUUGGUGACGGAACUCCGACAGAAACUCGAUGGAGUCAAGAACACGCUGGACCAAGACUCCUACAUCAUCUCAGACCUGAGAAAGCAGAUUGACGGAGAGCUCAAAAAUGCCGAUAUGGCAAUACGUAUCACGGAGCGUCUCAGCAAUCCCAACCCCAGCAAAUAUACCCGCAAUUUCGGGACCAGAUAUUUUAUGGACUUUGCAUCAUCCUUGGAGGAACGUCUGGAGCAAAAUCGACAAACAAUCGAGAACCUGGAGCGACAUCUGCAGUCCGUGUCACAGCAGACGCACUACAGUCCACAAGUUCUGGGAGACAUCAUGCGCUACCAAAACGAGAGCUUGCUGAUGCUCGCUGGCAAGGUCGCAAACACACACGAGCUCGUAUUACAGCAGCAGGCCGAGUAUGUGCAGUUCCGAAAGAAGUACUACGGUGACGACCGCAAUCCUUUCUCCGACAGCUCGUCCGAGCUCGAUGGCCAAGCAUCCCAGCACUAUACCGACCUGCUCAAAGUGGCCGCCAGCAACACCAAACCCACGGCUGGGGCUGGGGCUGCCGCCCAUGCGGCUCUCACCAUCGGCACUGGAGCAGGAGGUCUUGGAGGAUCGUUUGCGACUGGGUUUGGAGCCAACGAUGCCCUGAAGAACCCAGCAACCAAAGCCAAGCGGCGCUUCUAACCGCCAGAGAGGACUGAGUUGAGAGGCUGCAAGUGUCCGAGCGACGCUAGCCGCGACAAACAGUGUCUGUAUCACGAUGCUCAGGAUGCCAGCAAAUAACAUAGCUUUUCCGAAAUGAAAUGGGACACACCGUCUCAUUCGGACAAAAACACGGCGUAGUCGGUUC